CAUACGUACCAGACAAAUCCUAAAGUAUGUCAAAUUAAUCGCAGUGAUUAUCUAGUUUAGUUUUCUUCCAAGUAAGUUAGUCACAAAGCUCUGCCUACGUUACUUGUGUGCCGGUAAAACCGUUCCUCCUCGUGUGCACCGCAGUGGAGCGAGUUGCAUACGUUAUACUGUCAGCCUAAUCACUAAUGUUCAAGAAAAACUAAUAUUAUUGAACAAAACUCCUAUUGAAGUAUGAAAAUACUGAUUCGUUUCAAAUCAAAGCACGGCUAUGAGCCGGAACUGCAGUUGUUAAUACUAUCGUUAUGCCGGAAUGUUUUCGAGGUUGCGCAGUUUACCACUGUAAGUUUCUGGCAGCAUGAAGAAAGAGCAGGUUGUAAACUGUCAGUUUUCUGUUUGGUAUCCUUUAUUCAAGAAACACACGAUUAAGAGCUUGAUUCUACCUAUACCUCAAAAUGUAAUUGAUUAUUUAUUUGAUGACGGGACACUUGUGGUUUCUGGCAGUGAAAACAACAGUUCACAAACACAGACAAAUAACAGUGACUCAGAUGAGGAGGAUGUUCAGUGGACUGAUGAUGAAACUACGACAGCAGUUACGGCUCCAGAAUUCCCAGAGUUCAAGAUAAGGGUGCAAGAGGCAAUAAAUGUUCUUGGUGGGCGUGUCUUCCCAAAGCUGAACUGGAGCGCCCCUCGAGAUGCUAACUGGAUUGCCCUGAACAGUUCCUUACAGUGUCAGAGUCUAUGCGACAUCUUCCUCUUGUUCAAAAGUUCAGAUUUCAUCACGCAUGACCUCACACAGCCAUUCCUCCAUUGUAGUGAUGAUUCUCCAGACCCAACCAUAAAAUAUGAGUUGGUGUUGAGAAAAUGGAGCGAGCUCAUUCCAGGAGCGGAAUUCCGCUGCUUUGUGAAAGAGAAUAAAGUAAUCGCAAUUAGUCAGAGAGAUUACACACAACAUUACCAGCACAUCACCAAACAAGAGGACAGCAUCUCCUCUGCAAUACUGGAGUUCUUUAGAGAUCACAUUCAAUAUCAGUUCCCAGACGAGGACUUCGUCCUGGACGUUUACAGAGACAGCUCAGGACGCGUGUGGUUGAUUGACUUCAACCCGUUUGGUGAAGUCACAGACUCUUUGCUUUUCACGUGGGAGGAGCUAACAUCUGGCAAAAAUCUCACAGCCAAUCAAACGCAAGAAGACACAGCUCUGCAGGACAGACCUGCAUUCCGUUACACCACCAGUGACGUCACUGUGCAGCCCAGCCCAUGUCUGUCCUACAGAAUCCCACGAGACUUCCUGGACCUGACCACAGGGGAAGAUGCCUAUAAACUCAUUGAUUUUCUUAAGCUGAAGAAGGGUCAGCAGGAGGAGGAGGAAUCUGACGAAGAAGGGGAGGGAUCUUAGUACUUUGCUACUGCCUCCUGCAGUUUACUUCCAGUCCUGUUUGAACAGACCUGCCUGUAUUUUUCAAGUGAAUUGGAAGAUCUUGAUUGGCUGCUUCAGGGUUGAGAAUAAAUUGGUACCAAACUUUGUAGGAAGCUCUCCUUGCUGUAUAUGAUAGCACGUGUGCUUACCAAUAAAGUCCCUGUUAAAUGCU